AUGCGAAGACUACAGGCCGCUCAGGACAGACAGAAACGAUGGGCUGACAAGGGCAGGAGGCAAUUGGAAUUUUUGGAGGGGAACUUUGUCUUCCUAAAAAUUUCUCCGUCGAGGGGUAUUACUCGAUUUGGGCGGCAUGGUAAGCUGAGUCCCCGCUACAUCGGCCCAUUCGAGGUUCUUGCGAAAGUGGGCAGGGUCGCCUACAAGCUGGCCCUAUCUCCGGAGUUAUCAGGAGUACACGAUGUCUUUCACGUCUCCCUCCUACGUAGGUACAUCUCAGUUCCCAGCCAUAUAUUACAGUAUGAACCUUUGCAGGUAAAUGAAGACCUGACCUAUGAGGAAGCUCCUCUGCGCAUCGUCGAUAAGAAGGAGCAAAUUCUUCGGAGGCGCACCAUCCCUUAUGUCAAAAUUCAGUGGGCCAACCACACUGAACGGGAAGCCACCUGGAAACUUGAAGAAGAGAUGCGUCAAAAUUACCCCCAACUCUUCGAAGAUAGAG